CCCCCCGUGUCCCCGCAGGUGCACGGCCGCUCCCGGUUCGGCCCGGUGUGGCGGGCCCGCUUCGGCCCGGUGCUCACGGUUCACGUGGCCGAGCCCGCGCUCGUGGCCCAGGUGCUGCGGCAGGAGGGCCCCGAGCCCCGGCGCGCCCUCAGCUGCCCCUGGAAGCAGCACCGGGACCUGCGGGGGGUCCCGGGGGGGCUCCUGACCCUGGAGGGCGAGGCGUGGCGGGGGUCGCGGCGGGUGCUGGCCCGGGGGCUGCUGCGCCCGGGGGCCGCCGAGGCCUUCGCGGCGCCGCUGGGGAACCUCGAAAAGGGGAGGGGGAACUCCAAAAGGGGAUGGGGAACCCCAAAAUGUCCCCCCAUCUCCUGGGUGCUGUUCUCCUCCCGCCUGGGCUGCCUGGGGGACGUUGGGGACACCGGGGACACCGAGGCCGUGCUCCGGAGCGUGGGGGCGGUGCUGGCGCUGACGCUGGUGACAAUGGCGCUGCCACGUCCCCUCCUGCGCCUCGUCCCCGCGCCCUGGGACGCCUUCUGCCACGCCUGGGACCAGCUCUUCGCCUUCGCCAAGGGACACGUGGACCGGCGCGUGGCCGAGGUGGCAGCGCGGGGCCCGCUGGCCGAGGGGGACACGUGUGUCACCGACCUGCUGGCCCGGGAGCGCGUCCCUGUCGCCAGCAUCUACGGGAACGUCACCGAGCUGCUGCUGGCCGGGGUGGACACGGUGGCCAGCACGCUGGCCUGGAGCCUGUACGAGCUGGCACGGAACCCGGGGGCACAGGCGGCCCUGCACCGCCAGCUGGUGGCUGCCACCGGCGGGGUCACCAGCGGUGACAGUGCCACCGCCGACGGUGCCACCGCCGCUGCCACCGCCGCCGCGCUGGGACGGCUGCCACUGCUGCGGGCUGUGGUGAAGGAGACCCUGAGGCUGUACCCCGUCAUCCCGGCCAACGCCCGCGUCAUCCCUGAGUGUGACAUCCGCGUUGGUGACUACCUGGUGCCACGGCAGACCCUCAUCACCCUGUGCCAUUACGCCACGUCCCGCGACAGCCGCUUCUUCCCGGCGCCCGACGCCUUCCGCCCGGAGCGCUGGCUGCGCCACAGGGACAGCGGGGACACCGCUGGGGACAGCGAGGACACCGCUGCUGGGGACACUGAGGACACCCCUGGGGACACCCCUGGCCCCAAGCACCCCUUUGCCUCUCUGCCCUUCGGCCUCGGCCCGCGCAGCUGCGUCGGGCGCCGCCUGGCCGAGCUGCAGCUGCACAUGGCGCUGGCACAGAUCCUGCUGCGCUUCGAGGUGCGGCCGGAGCCCGGCGGGGGCCGCGUGCGCCCCAUGACCCGCACCCUGCUGGCCCCCGGCGCCCCCAUCAGCCUGCGCUUCCUGGAGCGGUGACAGCGGGGACACGGGGACACCAGAGAUUCCAGAGACAUGGGGACACCGGGGACACCAGAGGUGCUGGAGUUACACAGGGACACCAGCGACAGCAGAGACUCUGGAGACAAGGAGACACUGGGGACACCAGGAACAUCAGGGACACUGGGGACACUCAGGACACUGGGGACACCAGGAACAUCAGGGACACUGGGGACACUCAGGACACUGGGGACACCAGAGACUCUGGAGAUACAAGGGGACACCAGGGACAUUGAGGACAUCAGAGUCUCUGAAGACAUGGAGACAUCAGGGACACCACGGACACCAGAGAUGCUGGGGAGACAAGGGGACACUGGUGACACUGGGGACAGUGCAGAGACCUUGACCCCAGUGGUGACUUCACCACCAGGAAGGGCACUGAGCCCAGAGGUGGCCUUGACACCGCAGUGUCCCCAGUGUCAUCGGGGCCCUGGACCUCGUGGUGGCCCUGACCCUGUGGGUGACUCCAGCACUGUGGUGACCCCGGCCCAGAGGUGGCCCUGACCCCUCGGUGACAUUGGCCGUGGUGGCAGGAGCCCCCUCCCCAUGGCGCUCCUGGCUCCAGCAGUGUCACACGCCCUGUGCUGGCCUUGUCCCCAGGGUGUCCCCAACCCCGUGGGAACCUCAGCCUCGGUGGUGGCCGUGACGCCCUGGUGGUGGCCCUGUCCCCACAGUGUCCCCAACCCCGUGGGAACCUCAGCCUCGGUGGUGGCCGUGACACCCUGUGCUGGCCCUGUCCCCAGGGUGUCCCCAACCCCGUGGGAACCUCAGCCUCGGUGGUGGCCGUGACACCCUGGGGGUGGCCUUGUCCCCACGGUGUCCCCCAGGGGGGUUGGGGUUUAUUUAUUGGCCAAUAAAGCGAUUUUGGGA